ACGCAUUUUGAAUAGAUAUGCAUUGUCUGUAUCUUAGAUCUGGUUUCUCGUGGGGAAUAAAGUGUUCAAAUUAUGCCAAGGUAGUAAUUAAGAAUGCUGCUGUUGUAUGUAUUUUUUUUUCUACAACGUUACUCAUUGUUAUGUAUUUAAUAUCCAGAAAUUGCGACACCGACCACUCGAUAUCAGUCAAGUUCACUGAAGGUCUUUGAACUUCCCGUAUCAAACGUGCUUUCCGGCCUCAACUUUAUACCCGAGUACUCAAUUGCUUCUUAGUCCAUUUAUUUCUCAAAGGGCGACUGUGUGUUUUUCAAAGUAGAAAGAGGUAAGUUCGGUGAUCUAAGUGGAAAUAUGUCGUGUGUUAGACUAAUAGCGAUGUUAAGUGUAAUUUGCCGAUGACGCGUACGUGACUCGCUGGUGACUGAGAGUUGCCCAUUGUCACGACAUAUCCCUAAAAGUAAUCAGGUGAGAAAAAGAAAAAGUCUGAAAGAAAGCAGUUAACUUCGAUAGACUUUCGCGGUUGUAGGGGAGUCUGUGAUAUUCGCGAAGUAGCCUACGAGGAAGCUGUCUUAUAGCUCCUCUGAGCGGGAAGGAAGGAAGGGUGCGUCACGGAUUGACAUAGCUGUCACUGUCAGUCGUCUGGUGUUUAAAUACUUUGAAAAUAAGGGUGUCUACCUGAUCAAGGUUGAAAAACUGACUAAAAUUACCAAAAAACUACAAGGGAAGUAAUCAAGCAACACACAGGCGGCUUUUCUACCUUUCUCUUACACUAUUGAUCACGUGUACAAGCUAUACCGACUUAUCUCAAUCGUAUUUUUGUGUCAGUUUAGCCGAGGUGAAGAACUGAGUCAUGGCGGAAAGUCAAGUCAAUUCUCGUGAAGCAAAACUGGAUUUUGAUGAACAUGUUUUAGAAGUCAUAGCUCAAGGCCCAGCUCCAGUCCCACAUCCUUCUGAUGAAAAACUUGAUUUUGAUGAUGAUACUCUAAAAGCGAUAGCAGAAGUCUAUCAGGAAGAAGGUGACAAAGAAUUCACYAGAAAAGAAGUUUGUAACGCGAUAUACUUCUACACGGAAGGAAUUCAAGUGAACUGUAAGGAUUUCCAGCUGAAUGCCAAGCUGUACAGCAACAGAGCAACAGCUUAUUACCGUCUCGGGAAUUUUCACCAGGCCCUGAAUGAUGCAGCAGCUGCCGUCAAGUUGGAACCAACCUUGACUAAAGCCAUAGAAACAGGAGCAAGCGCUUGUGAGAAGCUACAGUGUUAUGAAGACGCCAUAUCGUGGUGUGAGAAGGGAUUGGCAGUAUCCUUCAUAACAUCAUGUAUAUUAAUGUUCUUAUCCAGCUGUGCAGGGAUUCUAGUGAAAGUAGUUGUGGGAUAACUUACAAAAAGCUGUGCUCUCCCCCUCUCUUCCCCCUUACAUGCCGCUAAAAUCCCGCUAAUCCCUUUCUCCGUUGUACAGUCGUGGGGGUAUGAGUUGUUACUUCGAGGGGCAACUUAAUCGAAAAACUUAUGAGGAACUGAACCAGUAGAAACUCAUUUCGGGAAAUAAUAGAGAGUUUGAAAUUCAAUUUUUAUCAGUUUGCUCUGUUACUUGACAACCCAUAUAAAAACAAGUUAGAGAUUCAAAUGUAUAAUUAUAUCAAAAGGUGUAAUGUUGCUCUGUCUCCAAUAUUAUUCAUCUACACACUAGAUAAAUAAGCUAAGACAGCCUCCUUCUUACUAUCAAAAAAGCCCCCGUUUUUCCGAAGGUUUCCCCUUUCGCUUCAACCAAGACGAAAUUGCAACUUGGGUUUCUGUGGUAAAAAUAAAUGACUUUCCUUUGAUUUUUUUUCCAACGCUGACUGUACCCCUGAGGUCAAAUCCCUUUGUACUACUACCUGCCGAAUUCUCAUACAAAUUGCCUCCAAAAAAAAAGCCUUUGAUUCUUACAGUCACAAAUAUUAAGUCACGCAUUGAAUUAUCGGGCCGUGUACAGCAUUCUUCGCCUGUUAGUAGGUGAGCUAGUUUACAUUAAUUUCAGCCCUUCUUCGUUACUUACUAAUUUUUAGUACAUUACAUAGCAAUAUAUAGAUUAGUUUUUCUCAAAGAUAUACAUGUUAUUUACCGGCUGGGAGGUCCGUAUAGGGAAAAGUCUGGGAAAUGCUGCCCGAGGCCGCAGGCCAAGGGGAAGCGUUUUCAAGGACGAGGUCAGAGUUUCUCAGUAUAUGGACCUCCCAGCCGGCAAAUAACAGGUUUAUCCUUUUAUUUAUGGUAAAUUGGUUUACCAGUGGGACUAUUUACGCCACUGUGUCUCUUAAUCGGCUAAGGUGUCGUCUACAAAACCAUUCGUAAAAUAUCAUCCCAACGACUAACUCAGAUAUUAGAUGCAAAAGCAUCUAUAAAAGAACAGAUACAUUUCUUACAAUUUAAUAUUGAUUGCAUUUAUUUCACCACUUAAGUGACAUUGUCAGAGAAAACCGGGCAGGACCAAAAGAUCGAGGCUUCAUCAUUUCACAGUAUAAAAGUUACCCAAAUAGAUUGACAACCAUGACAUUUGCCGAAGUAGGCGUUCCAUUUUCUUCGAGAUAUCACCACAUGAAUUUGGCCCCUCAAGCGGUGUAAAAUGGCCGAAAUGUUAGGCAGCUGUAGCUGAGCCUAAAAGAUUCUUCGCUCAAAUUCCAGAAUCUCUCGUUUUCGUGUGAUAAUAUUAGUCCUCAUAUUAGUUGACUAAGAUAUAUUAGAGGUCUUUCGAUUUAAUUCUACGGUUUUCACGGGCCGUCGAAUCGUUAAUGAACGUGACCCAAAUAUUAGCCAUUUUCAGCGAGUUGUUAUUCACAAUUUCGGCAGUCUAUUUCCACAAGAAAACAUUUUUCUGAAAGUCUUUUACACUGUUAUGAAUAUCCAGUUUAGUUAAAAUUGGUAUCUACUGGCAAAUCGGAGUAAUUGGUCUCGCAAAGUCCAA